AUGAUUACGCUUACUGAGAACCAGAAACGCUAUCUUCUCUGGGCGGUCAGGAGAAACUUGCCCUCUUGGGACGGCAGGGUUUACGGAAUGUCCGAGUUCAUUUGGUGGAAAGAGAUCGCUAAAAUAUGCAACGAGAAAUUCCGGGAAUCCUACCAAAGUUCGUUUGGUCCAUCAAAUAUUCAGGGAGAUCUAUGAAAAAAACCAAAAAUUGACUAGUUUUUCGAUUGGACACAAAUUUAAGCAAAAUUUGUACUCGAAAAUAUCCUUAGUGAAUAGAAAAGAACAACUAUAUUUGCAGUCGAAGAAUACACUGUCGCUUGGAGGGCUGCCUGUCCCAACUAUGAGGAAUAUCUGCGAACGAGCACCAGAGAACCGCCGCCAUCGUUUCUCAACUACACCACUCCUCCUCGAAUGAGUUGGUUGUUUUGUAACUUUUUAGUUGAAUUCUCCGAAAUUCAUCAAAAAAGAACAAUUAUCUAACAAGGGCUAUAUUCCAGCCGCAGUUUCCGGUGAAACAUGGUUGUCGUAUUUGAUAAGACCUACCUUCUCGCUUUUUCCCGACUUCUGAAGCUUCAAAACCUUCAAAUGACGUUUUCUUGCUUUCUCUUGUCAUAGAAUUAAAAGGUCUUGAAGAACUUUCUAGCCGAGUUUUAUUAAAAGUUCAACCGGGGGGCUAAAAGACCUUCCUUUUUAGAUUGUUAAUAAAACUCAAUAAAUAAUUUUCUUAUCAAGAAAGACAAGAAUCAGCACCUGAUAAACAAACUCCUUUUCAUUUUGAGUUACACAGAAUUUCAGGUGCGUCCGAUAUCGAUCCGAACAACAACACUCAAUACUACAACCCAAAUCGCCGUUAA